CUUGAUAAGAACUCAAAGUUUUAUGACGUGGCAAGAGAUGAGUAUUUCUUUGACCGGGACCCGGAUGUGUUCAAUUCUAUUAUUAAUUUAUAUGUAAUGGGGAAAUUACACAUUCCUAAAAAUGUAUGUGGAGCGGUCAUGAAAGAGGAAAUGAAGUAUUGGAAAAUUCCUCAUCAGAAAGUUUCCGAAUGUUGUUUGCGAACUUUUUAUCAAGUUGAAGAAGACCAAGGGAUGAUCGAAGAGAUAAAACGAGCUUAUGAAUACACAGAGACAUUACAAACAGGGACCAGUUGGAAAAUUAAAGCUUGGCUGAUGUUUGAUCAACCUGGGUCAUCAAUACAUGCCAAGGUAUGGCAUGGGUUUUACAUGGUAGUUCUUAUAAUGAGUGCUGUAGUGUAUUGUUUGUGGACCACGCCUUCACUAAGGACGACAUUAUACCUUUCUGCUGUAACUCCAGAGGAUUAUCCUUUCAUCAAAAGUGGCGCUAGCUUAAAAUUAAAACAGUUGAUCUUAAUGGAUCCUAUACCGACAUUAUUUGCACUAGAAAUUUUCUGCUUACUUGUAUUUACAAUAGAGUGGACUCUUCAUUUCUCAUUUUGUCCUCAAAAGGUUAAUUUCCUGAAAAGACCACUAAAUCUUAUAAAUGGUCUCUUAGUAGUUUGCAUGUGGAUAUCAUUUGGUCUUGAGUUUGCUAAGGGACACCUUGCCGCUAAUUCCUCUACAAGGGAGUUGUAUUUCGUAUGUAAAGCGGUAAACAUGAUGCGAUUGGUUCUAUUUCUGCGGUUAGAGAGACAAAUAAGUACAUUACGGGUAUUGAUAAUGACUAUAAAAGGAAGUAUGAAGGAACUUUGUUUACUAUUGAUAUCGUUUGGAAUGGCAACCAUGAUUUUUUCUACACUCAUAUACUAUGCAGAAAUUCAUGCUAACGAUGGAUUUGAUAGUAUUCAAAUUUGCAUGUGGUGGUCUGUUAUUACUAUGACAACUGUUGGUUACGGUGACUAUGUUCCGUCAACAACGAUUGGAUAUUUAGUGGGUGUCGUCUGCGCUGUCUGUGGAUUGUUGCUAUUAGCAAUGCCAAUUGCGAUCAUUGCAUCGAAUUUCUCGGAAUAUUAUUCUCAUCAGAAAAAUCGUGAUAGGUACAUUACAGCAAUCAAAUCAGAAAUAAAUAUAAGUCAAAUGAAUGGUAGUGGAACAUCAGUGAAAUCCAAUAAAACCAUUCCCAUGAACCACAACUGCACGUGAUCACUAACACUAUUCCCGUGAACCUCUAGCGACACGUGGUCAAUUACACCGUUCCCGUCCCCCACUAGCUGCACGUGACAAAUAACAACAUUCACGUCAUCCACUAGCUGCACGUGAUCAAUUACACCCAUU